CGCAAAAGUCCCGCCCCGUUCCAAAGUUUUACAAAGUUGCCUCCCUGGCCCAUUAAAAUUACAAGGAAAAUUUCGUUUCGCACCGCUCGCUCGGACGUUAGCAUAUUAAGUCUAUACAGGGUGCAGUAGUAAGGGGAAAAAAACUUUAGAUAUGCCACUGCGGGUUGUCAUGCAAGGUCCUGGACCAUGGGGAUUUAGACUGGUCGGGGGCAAAGACUUCGAACAGCCGCUGACUAUUUCACGGGUCAGCCCAGGAAGCAAAGCAGCCCAGGCCGACCUUUGUAUCGGGGACAUGAUCCUCGCCAUUGAUGGAGAGCCAACAGAGAGCAUGACCCAUUUGGAAGCACAAAAUAAAAUAAAGGGCUGCGGGGAAGAAAUGGUCCUCUCCAUUGACAGAUCCGAGUCAAAAAUGUGGUCUCCUCUUGUCUCAGAAGAAGGAAAAUCUCAUCCGUACAAGAUGAAACUGGCAUCAGAACCACAGGAAGUGAAACACAUAGGAUCUGCUCACAACAGGAGUGCUCUGCCAUUUGCUUCGACUGGUUCUAAGGUGGUUACUAGCCACUACAACAGUCCUGCAGGCUUGUACUCUUCUGAGAACAUCAAGAGCUUUAACAGUGCUGUCGAUGUUGUCAAGGCCCCUCCCACAUCUAGUGAAUCCAGUAAUCACCCAGAUCUCUCCAAAUCCGUCCCAGCCAGACCACCAGUGGCUGCCGAAUCGGAGGUGUACAAAAUGCUGAAGGAGAACCAAGAAGCAGAUGAGCCUCCACGCCAGUCUGCUUCAUUCAAAGUCUUGCAGGAGAUCCUUGAGACAGGGGAUUCAGAGAAACCCUCUGGCUUUAGAAGUGUGAAAGCUCCCACUACAAAAAUUGCUUCCUCUGUUGGCAAUGCUGAGAAACUAUCUAUUUGUGACAAAUGUGGAUCAGGCAUUGUGGGAAUGGUCGUCAAACUCCGAGAUAAGUUCCGGCAUCCUGAAUGCUAUGUCUGCUCAGACUGCCAGGUCAAUCUGAAACAGAAGGGACACUUUUUCGUUGGGGACAACAUUUACUGUGAGAAACAUGCACGUGAGCGAGUGACCCCACCUGAAGGUUAUGAUGUCGUCACCGUUUUCCCAAAAUAGAUCCUUCUGAGAAGCUGCGUCAGAUCUGCACACUUUCCUGUUCUGGGGAAUCUUGCAUAAAACAUCUCUACCACUUAAUUUGAGUAAUUGUUGGAGACUUUUUGAGAACAUCUGGAUGUCAGUUACAGUAUUUGGUUACUCCCCAUGUUUCUUUGCAGCCUGUACAUAUGAAGGGAUGCUAAGGCAUUCCUUUGUAGUACUCAUUCCAUAUGUGGGGUAGUAAAAAAAAAAAAAAAAAGUAAAUAUUUGGCACUGGAUGUCUGGCUGACAUGUUACAAAAAAAGUGCUAAGACUGAAAAAGACAAAGUUCCAGAUUGCCUCAAAUUUUUUGCACAUGGGCUUUAAAUGCUGCAGGGAUUGAGCGUUGAAUGUGUGAAUAAGUCACUGUAGUAAACAUUGGCUUUUUUGGCACAAUUAUUGUAUCUAAAAUGUAUUUACCACUUUAUCUUUUGGCCUCCCCAAAAAAUUCAGGGAUUAACCAUUUUUCAUUUUACUGGAAAGAUUAUCUCCAACAUUCCGCUUUCUCUGGAAGCUCCAUCACAUGCCAUUCUGCAGUCUCUAGUGAGUUUAUUAGGGACUGAACUGUUUUAUGUAAAGCAAUAUCUCUUUCUUUACAAUAGCUUUGCUGCAACCUUUGUAGACAUCUUUUUAUGGCAACUCUUGCAUCACAACUAGCAUCAUUUGUUUCAAUAAAUAAAGUAUGUACAUAAACAUGAGUGUUUUUGAAGGGAUCAUACAAAGUACAUAAAAUGUUUUGAAAUUGAAUUAUUGGAAAGACUGACCUUGAUAAGAAUGUAACAUUUUUAGUGAAUGUUUCUUCUUACUUAAUACGUUUAGAAAGUUUUUGUUCUCUGUUCAUCUGCAGUAGAAAGUGACUGUUCCAGAAUGUUUGGGUGUUUUUAGUUGUGUGUGUGUGUUUUUUUUUGUUUGUUUGUUUUUUUUUAAAGAUAUUCAAGAGCAUUAAGGACAAUUAAAUUAGAUACUGUAAAUAUUAGAAUGCUAUCCACGAUCAGCAUGACUGUUACAGCAAACAAUUUUAAUGUUCUUGAAUCAUCAAUGCACAUGGUGCUGGGGCUGCUGGUGGCAUGUUAAAUGUGCUGGAAGUAGAGUGGGUGGAGCACCCAUAGGUGUAGCCUGCUCACUAACACUAGUAUACCUCAGAGAUUCAGGACAGGCUUGUUGCUCUCAAUAAGGAGUGUUGCUUUCUUAAUAGGGAUAGUUGGAUCAUUUUUCAAGAGGUCUUUUGUAGUUGAACCACUGCACUCCCAAGAGGUGUGUUUUUUUUUUGUUUUUUGUUUUUGUUUUUUUCCUCCAUUUCUUGACAAGUAAAACUAAAAUAAUUAUUUUUGAAAGUUUUCCCUUUAAAUGUGGAAACCACACAAAGCUGUGAAUAAAGAUUGGGUGUUUUGAUCA